ACUGGAAGGGUAUCAAGGAUAUUCUGGGUAACACGAUCAGAACUCUGUAUAAUCUCACUGGUACGAGCACCGGUGGCUCUGCACCUCCGCCUGGAACGAACUAUGAAGACCCCCAAAACCAAGGAAGAGUUCAAGCGCAACAUCAACAACAUCAUCCAAGAAAGCGGCCUCGAUGACUUCUUUCCACCCGGAGAUCCAUAUCAUGACCAUCACCGAUAUUCUGAGGGCGAAAACACUGGCACUUUCCGAGAUGCCGUCGUCGCGUGUACUGAAAAGCUCUCUGAGAAAUGGUACGAGGAUAAGGCUGUCAUGUUCGACCUUAGUCAGAUCGGAAAUGCUCCAGAAGCAGUUAGAUUCAUGGACGACUUUCAAUUUGACGACCUUCUUAAAAAGAAAGACUCCUUCAUCUUACAGCGGGUAAGAUAUCAAUAUACUCUAGCCUGGUGGACACGUAUCCAACAUUGACAUACCCUUUGGACGAGGCUUUGGAGAAUCUGAAGAAGGAUGAGAAGCUUCUUGACCAAUGGUUACUCAUAACAUUGACCACGUCCAUUACGUACAAGAACAAUCCAUAGUCAAAGGAUACCUGGAUUGCUAUGACAUUGCCAUGGUCCAUCCCGUAUACUUCCGAAGCGUCAGCAAUCUAGCAUAGCAAUAUUUUCAAGAUGGCUAUUAUUAAAUGAUAUACUCUCUCU